AUGGCCCCUCACUCCAAACCACUCCCCAGCGUGGACACCCACGACCCACACCGACUCUGGGACUCGCGCCCAAUCUUCAGCCACGUCGCCUCUUCGACAGGACAGACACGCAUCGUCGCCACAGCGGGCCAAGUCGGCGCUGACCAUGACCGCGUCGUCCCCGCGGACAUUGACGAGCAAAUCGCCCUUGCGUUCAAGAACCUGACGCGCUGCCUGGAGGCCGCAGGCGCCGGAGUCACCGAUGUGUUCAAGCUAGUGUACUAUAUUGUGGACUAUGACCCGAAGAACCGCCGACAUACAAAGCAUCUCAAAGCGUGGUUGAAUGGGCACAGGCCUGCAACCACGCUUGUACCGGUGCCAGCGUUGGCAGAUCCGGAGUUCAAAUUCGAGGUCGAGGCCUAUGCUGCUGUACGGCAGGAGCCGCUGCGGAAUGUGGAUGUCGUGAUUGUAGGGGCUGGACUGAGUGGGCUGAAAGCUGCGUACGAUCUGCAACAGAAGGGGGUUACCUGUGUGGUUGUCGAAGCGAGAGAUCGCGUGGGCGGGAAGACCUGGUCCGUGGAUCCUUUGGGUCAAGGGAAGUUCAUUGACGUGGGUGCCGCUUGGAUCAACGACACCAACCAAGCGAAGGUAUAUGAACUGGCUAACUUUCUCGGCCUGGAGCUUGUUACCCAAAGGACCCAAGGGAGUGUGAUCCAGGAGGAUCUUGCUGGGGUGAUGGGCUUGUUUCCGUACGGUGGGACCCCCUCGAAUGCGCCAGAGCCGAACGGCAUCGCCAACCUGGUCUACAUCCGCGAGCUAUUCGAGAAGCUCUGUCAGCAGAUUGAUAUUCGAGACCCCGUGGGAUCGGGUGGCCAGUUCGAUAAGAUGACUCUGGAAGAAUGGUGCAAGUCGGAGAUCCAAUCCGAGACCGCAUCCGCGGCUGUCAAUCUGUGGACGAGAGCAAUGCUUGGUCUGGAGGCGUCAGAAGUCAGCGCGCUGUAUUUCUUGGAUUACUGCAAAAGUGGUGGCGGACUGCUGCAGAUGAGGUCCGAUUUCAAGCACGGCGGGCAAUAUCUCCGGUUCAUCAAAGGCACCCAGUCGAUGUCGCUUGGCCUGGCGGACAAGCUGCACCCUGGCUCGGUCGUUCUCAACUCGCCUGUCCGCCGCGUCUCGCAGACCGCAGAUGGGAUUUACGUCUCGGCAGGUCGAGGCGACUUCACGUGCAAAAGAGUCAUCGUCUCGGUACCGACUGUUCUAUAUAAGGAGAUUACCUUUGACCCGCCUUUACCUGCCGCCAAGGUGGAACUGGGAAAGCACAACGUCCACGGCUACACGCUCAAGGUUAUGGUCAGUUACUCUGAACCGUGGUGGCGCAAGAAGGGAUUGUCUGGUGCCAUCAUGUCCUUUAUCGGGCCCAUCACGACGUGCCGCGACUCUAGCAACGACGAGAUCGGCCAGUUCAGCUUGACGUGCUUUACCAACGGCGACUUAGGCCGGAAGGGCUCUCUCCUGCCGAAAAAAGAGAGAUUCAAGUCUAUCGUGGCUCACAUCAAGCGCCUUUACGCGUCGUACGUGGACGUGCCGGAGCCGAUUGCCGUCACGGAGCAUGAAUGGGCGAGCGAUCAAUGGGCUCAGGGGUGUCCAUGUCCUGCCUCGCCGCCAGGGGUCAUGACCAAGUACAACCACGCCUUGAGGACAACUCACGGGAAAGUGCACUUUAUCGGGACGGAGACUGCGUAUGAGUGGAAGGGAUACAUGGACGGUGCCAUCCGAUCUGGUGAAAGGGGCGCGAAAGAAGUGAUUGAAGCUUUUGGACGGGCGAAGCUGUGA